UCCACAUCCAGCCAUAUGGUGGCACAACCUCCACGAGCACCUCGCUCACCGAGGCGCACGCAAGUCAUUGGAGCCUCAUGUCUGACGGAAGACGUGGUUCGGGACGCUGCAGAUGCACUCGUGGUGUGUUACACGAUGGGAGGAGAGGCGAGGAUUUCAAAGGCAUGAGGAUUCUAUGAUUUUGUUGAUCUGGGUCUUUUGGUCGGUUUUUCUAUGAGACUGGAACGAUUACGAUGGAGAGCAAUGAUCCGGAAAACUUCGGCACGGAGCUCCACGACCUAGGCUCGUCGCCUAUUCGGGUUCCAGCCGACGGCGAAGCGGUGCAAGAUUCGGCAAAUGUACGUGUCGAGGUGGAAGAGACGACUCCUAGCCACGAAGAAAGCGAGAGCAAUGGUGGCCGCUUUCGUGAUAAUGACGAACACUCUACACGCAGUGCGGUCGUUGCACCAGAAGCAUACAGCGAUCCUGGCCCGUGUAGUGAGACAUGUUUCAUGUGUGCGGAAGAGAAGAAGCUGAAGAUUUCUAACAUUGUGGGUUCGGCACGAGCUACAACGAACCUUCGAUAUGCAACGGGGGUUUUAGACGCAAAGUCCAAUGCGUCAACAAGGCGAGUAGUUUCAAGCAAUAACCCAUCCGAUGGUCAUUUACAAGGGGCUUUGGAGGAUAUCCUCCAGAAUUUAUCGCGUGUAGUCUGUGAAGGUUUGAGGGUCCUCGGAGCAGAAGCAGCAAAUGUCGACGUUGAGCAAGGUAGCAGAGAAGAUAGCGGUAGCAUCGCACAGAAUACAGAUCAGACACACGGGGUGGAUGGCAGUUGCUUGUCGAUGAGACGUGAAGAACCUUGCCUUGUCAUGGACUCCUGGCCGAUCAAGACCGUUGCUCUACAUGAAGAUGUCGAUCCUUACAGGACAACGCAUACUCACAUCAAAAAAGCACAGAUGAACAGCGUCCCCGACAUUUGGAGGGAUUACUUCCCUCCUUCCUACACAGAUUCUGCUGGCUAUCCCGUGCUAGACCCUACAGUGAGGCGUCCCCUAACAAACGAAGUAGCGCAGGCACUAGCACAUAUUUCCUGCUACCAAGGAGAUCCACGACGCCCUCUUCGGCGCAUUGUUUCAACAAUACGACUUAUUGGGUGGAGACUAAUUCAGACUCUCACCUACCAGCCAGUGUUUGAUGAUCAGGAUAUCAUAGCUGUCAGUUUCGACCCCCCGCACUUUGGCCUUAUUCAGAUCGGCAAAGCAUCACUAUGUGCAAACGUAGAGCUUAUCAUUCGAUUAAUCUCCAGCUGUUCAAGACUUUCAGUCAACCGCAUACUACCGUUGGAGAUCUCCUCAAGAAAUUACGCGAAAGCGCACCCACUUUCGAGCCAUUUGUGGCAGGUGCUGGUCCACGCUUCGAUGACUUUUACCUCAUUUUGCUUGCGUUAGACAUAAUCAGUUUCAGAGAACGACGUUAUUACUGGAUGUGUGAUGUUUUCAAAAAUACUGUCAGACAUACGAGACAUAGAAAAUCCUACUCCAACUUCUUGCCUCUGUUGUUGAUGAACACUGAGCUUGUCACCAUUUUUGAGCAAUUCCUUCAAAUUGAUGAUAGGACGUGGCGAACUCGUCGUCUCAAAAAAGAAAUCCAUAGAGGGAAGGAGCAACUGAGUGGAAAG